GGAAGGGACCUCACUUUCACCUCCGUGAGUGAAUGUGAGUAUUUCCGUGGAUGUUCCCAAAUCGGAGGACACUUCGCUUGUGACACAGCGGGAUUGUUUGGUCCCCCCAAAUGUUCUUUCUCUGCAGUUAUCCUGACCACAGUGAUUUCCAGCUCCACUGCCUUGAGGAAACUGUGACGUGUGUUCUUGGGCAGGGUCUGAGGUUUUGGAACCUCUUUCUAAAAGGGACAGAGAGAGCACCCUGCUGCAUUUGCUAAUCAAGAGGCUGCGUGGGGCUGAGCUGGUCAGGAUGCGGCAGGUUCCUGUGGGCACCAGGCUUGUCCUGGCUCUCGCCUUCGUCCUGGUUUGGGGAUCUUCAGUUCAAGGUUAUCCUGCUCGGAGAGCCAGGUACCAGUGGGUCCGCUGCAAACCAGAUGGCAUUUUUGCAAACUGCAUUGAGGAGAAAGGACCACGGUUCGACCUAAUAGCAGAGGAAUCCAACGUUGGCCCUCCGAUGACCGAUCCUGUUUUGAUGAGAGGAUUCCCGAAUGAUUUCUUCCCCAUUUCUGAUGACUAUUCUGGGUCAGGCUCGGGCUCCGGCUCGGGCUCCGGCUCGGGCUCCGGCUCCGGCUCCGGCUCCGGCUCUGGCUCCGGUUCAGGCUCUGGCUCCGGUUCCGGCUCCGGCUCCGGCUCCGGCUCCGGCUCUGGCUCAGGAAGCGGCUCCCUAGCUGACAUGGAAUGGGAAUACCAGCCAACAGAUGAAAACAAUAUUGUCUAUUUCAACUAUAGGCCUUUUGAUAGGAUGCUCACCGAGGAAAACCAAGAACAACCAGGAGAUUUUAUUAUAUGAAAGUAACCGUCUGUUUGUCCACCUCCACACGAAACAAUGUGUUCAGUAUACUUUGUGUACCACGUUUAAAUGAGCAGUCUCAGGAUAAAGUUUUACAGAAAAUUUAAAAUGCUUGGAAAAGACUCUUGAAUCCUGUUACCCCUUUCCUCAUUAAUUGAUAAGGAAUUAUGCUUUAAUGCUGUUAUCUAUCUUAUUGUUCUGGAAAAUAUCCGCAGCUAUAUGUGUAUU